AAAACAUACACCAAGCAGCUUUUGUGAGAAUUUUGAAAAAUCACAAAAGUUGCAUAUUUAAAAGAGGAAAAAAAAAAGAAGAAGAAGACGAAAAAAGAUGCGUCCAGCUUCGUCAGUUAUCAGCUUCUUCCUUCUUAUUUUUAUCUCCAUCUAUAUUUUGAAGAAAACCCUAAAAAAGUUUCCCAGAUCAUCGAUAACUAUAGCACUAAACUACGUAGUUUUUAUCGCUAAUCAGUUGAAAUGGGCUUGGGAAAUUCUCCUCCUUCAAUCUUUUUCUCAUCCUUAUAAUCUCACUACUAUUUCUCAAAAUGCUCAUGAUCAGGAUCAGGAUCAGGAUCAUGAGCUUGAAGUCAUGCAUUAUGAACCCGAAUCAGAGUCUUCGGGUUCAGUAGAAUGUGCAGUUUGUUUGUGCAAGAUUGAAGAAGGAGAAGAAGUUAGAGAGUUAAGAUGUGAUCAUCUUUUUCAUAGGGUUUGUUUGGAUAGGUGGCUUGGUACGGGACGUAUGACGUGUCCGUUAUGCAGAAACCAUCUCAAGCCACCUCCUCUCGUUGCUAAUUUGCAUCAAGAGGUUAUUUUAUUCGAUUUCGUCUCAGGGACGAGGUCGAGAGAUCGUUAUCAAUGGUGGCUACGAUAAAUAAAAUAAAUGUUUGCAUGAUUAUGAUAGAAGGAAGAUGAACAAUAUAGUUCUUAGAAGAUAUAUGUAUCAUUGCCAUUUUCAUGCUAUCUCUUGUAAAUUGUAUGGCAAUGAUAAACUUAAUUAAUGAUGAUGAUGAAAAAAAACAAAUCAGUCUAUUUGUAGAUAUGCCAUGUAUCAAAUAAUAUUCCUUUUGAAUCAUUUAGUAGUAACUGAUUACUGGUAAUCUGGUUUA